UCCCCACUAAACGGCGUGCAUGGGAUGAUUGACUCGAACCCGGAGGCACUAACCAAGCAUCUAUGCAAGAAAAUUGAGCCACUUUCGCUUGCCUAUCUGCAUUACUUGCGCGGCGACAUGGUCAACCAGCAGAUUGGUGACGUUGUGGCGUGGGUUCGUGGAAGUUACAGCGGUGUAAAAAUAUCCAACUUGCGCUACGAUUUCGAAGAGGCAGACCAGCAAAUACGGGAAGGAAAAGUCGACGCCGUGGCUUUUGGCGCCAAGUUCAUUGCGAACCCCGAUCUCGUUGAAAGGGCCCAACACAACUGGCCCCUCAACGAGCCGCGACCAGAAACAUACUACACAAGAACAGCAGUCGGAUACAACGAUUACCCGACGUACAACAAAUAA